UUCCACGACUUCCGGGUCACCAAAUAUGGCAAACUAUUAGCUUCCGUCAGCGUCUAAAUUUACUCACGGAUAACUUUAAUCUGAUGGCUUCAUUUGGCUGGAAGAGGAAAGUAGGUGAGAAGGUGUCAAAGUCAGUGGUGCAGCAGUUUGAGGCUGAGGAGGAGAAGAAGAAGAAGGAGGCUGCAGGGGAUGGAGCAGGUCAGGUCGAGGAGGUGGACUGGAUGCACGCCAUCAAACGACGGCGGGAGAUCCUGCUGGAGGACUGUGCUGUGAAGAGCGAGAGGCUGAAGGAUGAGGGUGCACUACUGGCUGAGCAAGGAAGGAACUGGGAGGCCAUAAAGAAGUGGGACGAUGCCAUUCAGCUGACUCCAGACAACCCAGAUCUAUACGAGAUGAAGUCACAGGUGCUGACCAUUCUGCAGGAGGUGUUCCCAGCUGUGAAGGCAGCAGAGAUGGCAGUGAAGCUUCGCCCCCUGUGGUGGGAGGGAUGGCAGACUCUGGGCCGCGCCCAACUCAACCUGGGAGAGGUGGAGCUGGCUGUGAAAUCCUUCCAGGUUGCGAUCCACCAAUGUCCAUCAGAGCCCACCUUGUGGAAGGAAGACCUGGCGUGGGCUUGGAGGUUACAGAAGCAACACCUGGCAACCAAGGAGAAAACACGGCAAGAGGAGGAGACCAAAAAGCAGAUUCUGAAUGCUCCUGAGCUGGAGCAGGACUUUGAUUUUGAAUCGGAUGAGGUGCUGGCCGCCUGUGAGGCUGUUGCUGAGCGACAGACACGCUACGAGGAGCUGAAGCGGACCUCUGUGGUCAUGGACUCUGAGGGAAAUAUAAAAAAUGUAGUCACUGGGGAAGGGGGAUCAGAGGACGCAGAGGCGCCAUCUGAAGAACAGUUUGUCAAAGCAAGAGGACUUUGAAGUGGUCUCAGCAUGAAAUGAGUGUCCUGCUUUAAAUAUUCAGUCUGUUUGUAUUUUUUCAGAAACCACCCAGAAGCAGACAUGAGCUGAAAAUACUGGUGACAGUUUGUAUACAACAAAACGAAAGACAGGAAUAGACAAUCCAGUUUUGUUGACUCAUGUUUUCAAUCCUUUUAAUGUUAAAUGUGUCGUGUUUAAUGUUAUAUUAAGUCACAGACAAGUAAACUGUGUGUGACAGUAAACUCUACCCAUCACUCAAAGACAGGUUUCAACAUUCAGCAGAGAGAGUGCAUCAGAAAGAAAACUUCAACAUCUAUUACUUCUGUUUCUUUGUAAUGUGCACAUUUAUUUAAAGCUGAUCUAUCAUCCAAUUUAGAGUCUACUUUUUGACACUAAAACAGCAGACUUCCACUUUUAAAGUCCCCAUGAGGAGUUUUUGACUUGUUAUGAAACAGAUGGAGUUUACAGUAAUGUCUUGUCAUGAUCUACAAAAGCAAACAAGGUGCCACUCGCAGCAGAUGAUAUCUGAAUAACAAAUACGGAUCUUCAUGGGAAAACACAAGCUGUGUACCGGAAUUAUUGAGAAGAUACUGUGCAUGUGUGCUCACCAGACGAUUUUCCUGAAAAUGUUAAAUCGCUAAAUAAGAUAAUUAAGGGCCUGUGAACACUAACAGCAUUUCUUUAUGCUUGCAGAGCCUGUUCUCCACACAAAUAAUGCAGGUCAGUGUUUGCACUCAAGUUUGACAAGAUGCCUUGGUGCCGCCUGUUUGUUGUCCCUGCACUUCCAUUGCUCUUAGUUGAUAAUAGUUCAACUUUAGGAACACCGCCACACUUGCACAUGUCACUUCUCCCUUACUGAACACUCAAAAUCAAGAAGGGGUGGGACUUUUGGCACCAACUUUGUGAACAACAAUGGCAGGGUUGAAACAAAAGUUUAUCUCAUGCAACCAGACUUUUUUUGAGGGUUUAAAGAGCUGCUUCCAAUGACAGGGAGAACAUUUCUAUUGUUCUUUGUUGUGUUUUUGGUUGAAAUUUCCCCAAAUAAGGUAAAUAGUAAGCUAAUUUAAAACCGACUUAACAGUCGCAACCAAGGGAAGUGGAAGUGCUGCAAGACAAUUGUCAUAACCCAGCCGCAGUAAGCACCAGUGAGAAGUGCUCUGAAACUGAGGUUGUGUUGUGGCCCAAAAAGGGUCGGUUGUGGACACAUGCCCUAAAACCUUUGAGUUUAAGAAAUACAAACUAACACACACACACAGUAACCAUUGAGGAGACACACAUUCAACCACACUUCAAGAUGUUAUGCUGCUGAGACAAACCACAUGAAUUAAUCACAGAAGAAAGGGAAUAAAGGGUUGAAAACAGACCUCUACAGUCUAGCUUUUUGUUUCACUGUUAACCGUCCAUGGAACAGCAUACAAUUCUUGGGUAAUAAUUCAUUAAAAGCACACAGUUUCCUGGUCAUCAAGUGGAAAUAUUGAUAUAAGAUAUGUACAGAUGCAUCUGUGGUUCCUUUGUAACCUUGGGAAAUAAAACUCUUGAAAAGAAAA